CGUCAUCCAACCGAAGAAGCAUCAAUCCGAUUUGUGCACUCAUUUGUACAGUUACAUAUUUUCAUUACACUCUUCAGGUCGAUUUGUUUUGAAGUUUUUUUCUUCUUCUUCCUACCAAGUGCAAAAAAUGGCUUUCGUUAAGACUUCGAUUGUUUUGGUUGCUUUGUUUGGUGUUUGUAUGUGCAGUGUUUUGGUGCCGGGUGUCGCUCCACCACUCGCUCCAAUUGCACAAUUUGCUCCGCGUGUUUUAGCUGGCCCGGCUGUUGCUGUUCAUCCAGAACCAUAUGAUCCAGCACCACAAUACGCUUUUGCCUAUAAUGUUCAAGAUCAACUUACCGGUGAUCACAAAAGCCAACAAGAAACUCGUGAUGGUGACAUUGUCAGAGGAUCGUACUCACUUGUUGAGGCCGAUGGCAGUUUACGUACUGUUAUUUACACAGCUGACCCCUUGAAUGGAUUCAAUGCUGUUGUUGAAAAGACACCACUCGUCCAUAAGGCCGCCGUUGUUCCAGCCGCUCCCAUUGCUCCAUUUGCCCCAGUGCCACAUGCAUUACCAGCACCUGUAUUCCCAGCUCCAGCCGCUGUGCCGGCAUUCCCCGCAGCCGUUCCGGCUCCAGCAUUCCCAUUUGCAUCGCGCGUUGUUGCGCCAGUAACACGUGUUUUCUAAAAAUAAAACACACCAACCGAGACCGAUCCAUUGAAAAAAAAAUUGAUUCAUAUCAACAAACCCUAGCUAAAAAUGUGUGCUUUCUCAAUUACGUUGUUAUAACGUUGUCGGCAACUUGCGGACAAAUCACAUGAUUAAGUGCUCCGUAGACGUAGAGAGAGAGAUCAAACGCAAUCACAGAGCCUUUGAAAGACUUCUUUUUUUUGUAUAAUGUUAUCGAGAAUGUAGUGUUGUUGUUAUGUAAUUCAAUUUUUAUUAUUAUCGUUAGUUUGUUAUGUUUAGAUCUAUUUGCUCGAAGUAUGAAUGGCAAUUCAUCGUUUAGAGAUUCGAAUGGUGAAUCGGAAUAUGUUAAGCGAAAAAAAUGUAGAAAGAAAGACAAAAAAACGUAUUUAUAUAAUGAGAAUUAUUAAACAUAUCAAAACAUAUCAUUUGCGUUUGAA